AUGUCGCUCCCGUCGCGAGUAAUCCAAAAGGCAUGCAGAGCCACUUCUUCCACUGCUCCCCUUCGUCAAGCGGCAAGUCGUGCGAGCUGCUCCAUCGCCACCAGAGGUUAUGCUACUGCUUCGCCCCCCAAUCAAGCCAGCGUCGUGCCAAACGUUCAGCCAGAGGUACGCGCAGGUAGAGGAAGUAUCCAACGUGCCAACAAAGGUGAGUAGCAAAUACCCAGAUGGGAGUCAUUUACGCUUUCUCAGAUGCAGGACUAAUUGCUUUAUUCUUUCAAUGCUCCGCAGAAUUCAGCGAGCUGCUCGCCACAGCGCAACCAGGCAGCAGCGCCAAGCGACCCAUCUAUCUGGAUGCACAAGCUACGACGCCAGUGGACCCCAGAGUUCUCGACGCGAUGCUCCCCUUCUUGACGAACCAAUACGGCAACCCUCAUUCGAGAACCCAUGCCUAUGGUUGGGAAUCAGAGGCUGCCGUAGAGGAAGCCCGCGAACACGUCGCCAAACUUAUUGGCGCAGAUAGCAAAGAGAUCAUCUUCACUUCCGGAGCCACCGAGAGCAACAACAUGAGCUUGAAAGGCGUUGCUCAUUUUUAUGGUUCAAAGAAGAAGCACAUCAUCACUACUCAGACGGAGCACAAGUGCGUGCUGGACUCCGCUAGAAAAUUGCAGGAGGAAGGCUUCGAAGUCACCUACUUGCCAGUGCAGGAGGAUGGUCUGAUCUCUUUGGAGCAAUUGGAGGCUGCUCUGCGACCCGACACGGCCGUAGUCAGCAUCAUGGCAGUGAACAAUGAGAUCGGCGUGAUUCAGCCGCUGAAGGAAAUCGGUGCGCUUCUCAAAACAAAAGGAGCAGCCCUGGCCAAAGAGCAUGGACUUUCGGGCAAGCCGCUCUUCCACACUGAUGCAGCGCAGGCGGCAGGCAAGAUUGAUCUGGAUGUCGACGCCCUCGGCAUAGAUUUGAUGAGCCUGUCUUCCCACAAGAUCUACGGACCAAAGGGCGUUGGCGCUUGUUACGUACGAAGGCGGCCUCGUGUCAGACUUGAGCCCAUCAUCAGUGGUGGUGGACAAGAGAGAGGAUUGAGGAGUGGCACCCUGGCACCGCACCUCACUGUUGGUUUCGGUGAGGCGGCCAGACUUGCCAAGCAAGAGAUGAAGGUGAGCCGCGCGUCCCUAUUGCUUCUAGUCCGCAAUGAUGAAGUCAAAGCACCGCCUGGAACAAAUCGUAGCUGCUUCAUCCUCGAGAACAAGUUCGUUCUGCUGGGGUUGCGAUGUACUCUGCGAUGCUCUUCUGGGGCGAUCUGCAAUCUCGAGAUGGGCGCUGCGCUGGUUGGCAGGUAGCGGACGCUUUCGUCGAUCUUGCCGACCGACAGAGCGAAUGACUGCGCGUGCAGGGGUCUUGAGCGGUUGUACGGCGCAGGAUGUUGGAGGUUGAAAUCUUGACUGACAUGCAACCCGCCUUGAUACGCCUUGACGACAGUACGACCACGCGCAUAUUUCUGCUCUGGCGGAUUACCUGAAGAAGACGCUUAUGGAUGCUAUCCCCUACGUGCUCGUCAAUGGAUCUGCAGACCAAUCUAAGCACUACCCAGGCUGCACAAAUCUUUCGUUCCAAUAUGUUGAGGGGGAGUCGCUGCUCAUGGCGCUCAAGGAUAUCUGCCUCUCUUCUGGAUCCGCCUGCACGAGCGCAUCUUUGGAACCCAGCUACGUUCUUAGAGCGCUUGGUCUGGACGACGAGAACGCGCAUUCCAGUCUCAGAUUCGGUAUUGGUAGAUUCACCACUCAAGCAGAAGUCGACUACGUGGCUGAGAAGAUCAUCACGGUCGUCGAGAGGCUUCGUGAAAUGUCGUGAGUAUUACAUACCGGUUUGACGUCGCUUGUGUGCGAAUUUGGUGCUGACACUUUCACUCACCCCAUCCUCUCGCAGACCUCUGUAUGAAAUGGUGCAGGAGGGCAUUGACCUCAAGUCUAUCCAGUGGAGCGGCUAG